AUGACCGAGACUUCUCAGGCCCAAGAGGCUUUAACUACAAUCAAUAAUUACGUUCCACUAGGUUUGAGUGGACUAAAAGUCUCUCCAUUAUGCCUCGGAACAAUGACAUUUGGACAGCAAGAUAAGGCCGAUGAUGAUAUUUUAAUGUCUAAACAAAUAUUUGAUAAGUAUUAUGAGCUUGGUGGAAAUUUUUUUGAUACUUCAAAUUUUGGAAAUGGAGAAAGUGAACGCAUAUUAGGACAAUAUAUAGCCGAAAAACGUUCAAAAGUCAUAGUUUCUACAAAAUAUACAACUCAUCCGAAGGUUCAAGAUUCAAAGGACCCUAAUUUGGGCAGUCCGAACAGAAAAAGUCUGAUUGAAAAUCUAAGUGCUAGUCUGAAACGGUUGGGAGUUGGUUAUAUUGACAUUUUGUACACACAUAUUGAUUACAAUAAUAGUGUUGAAAACAUGUUAAGUGGAUUAGAUGAUGUGGUUCGAAGUGGCAAGGCAAAUGUGAUCUCUCGCCUUCGUGGGUGGAGUCAAUUUGUCGCAUUGUCAACGCAAUAUAGCAUGACCGAUCGUUCGUUUGAGUUCGAUCUACAGCCUAUGUGCUUGAAGCAUAAUAUCGGUGUUGUUCCAUAUAAUAUCAUUUCUUCUGGGUCAUUUAUCUACAUUGUUAUAUUAUUCUCGAAAUUUCUUGCUUCUGAUAUCGACUUUCCAACUAAGAAGACCGUUACUGAGUAUGCUAAGGAAGAGAAAAAUUGGAGGAUUCUUGAAGAAGUUGUUCAAGUUGCCAACGAAGCUGGAAGAACACCUUCCGAAGUUGCAAUUAAUUGGACUCUUCAACAGCCAGGAAUCACUUCAGUAAUAGCAGCUGCAAGAAACUUGGAAUUUUUGGAGGAGAUCAUAGGGGCAUUGGAAUUUAAACUUACUCCAAAACAACUUUCCGACCUCAAUAAUAUUUCCCUACCAAACACAAUUCCAUUCAUACAGCCUUCUAAACCUAAUCCAUUAUACUCUGCUUCCAAACCUUCUCCUGAAUAUAUAAUGUCUUUGAAAAAACUCAAAACAUCUAAAACGGACACCGAAUAA